CUCCUCUCUUCGUCUCUCUCUCUGUCUCUAUCUCUCUCCUCUCUCUCUUUUCCUCCCCUCUCUUCGUCUAUCUGUCUCUCUCUCUCUUUCUCUCUCCUCUCUGUCUCUCUCUCUCUCCGUCUCUCUCUCCUCGCUCUUUCUCUCUCUAUCUCUCUCUCUGUUACGCCUUCUCUCCCUGGCUUCCCUUCGCUCACUCCCUGGUACCAUCCUUCUCAGUCCGUGCUGUACAUUCCUGCUUUAAACAGCUGUCUGUGGGAUCUCCAUGCGGCUCUCCAUUCUCCUACCUGCGCGACACACUUGCGUUCUGUUCAGCUGCCCUAUCUGUCAUCUGCAGCCAUGCGUCUGGGGAUCUCCUCCUUCCUGUCGGACAUCCUGAGCACCUCCAGCAACGUCUGCUUCUGCUGGACCGAAGGCAAGGUGCCUGGGAAGGAGAUUUGGGAACAACACACAGUUACACUACAGAAGGACCCCCAGAUGGGAUUUGGCCUGGCUGUGUCUGGGGGCCAGGACAACCCCAACAUGGAGAACCAAGACACCUCAAUCAUCAUCUGUGACGUGUUGCAGGGCAGCCCCGCUGACGGACUGCUGUUUGAAAAUGACAGAGUGAUUCAGGUGAACUCCAUCCCCAUGGAUAACGUGCCUCAUUCAUUUGCUGUCCAGUCACUGCGGAACUGUUCCAAGGAGGCCAGGAUAAUAGUGAAAAGACCACGCACAGUGACGGCCGACUCCCAGCUCCAGCCCUGCUCCACCGGCGGCGAUGACUACAACAAGGCAGACGAGGACAGCGGCCGGCACCAUGACACCCUCCUCCGCCAUCACGUCGACAGCAGGGGAUGUGGGAAGAACGAGGAGCACCGCGACAAGAGCCUUAGUAGGAGCCGGGAGAGAGAGGGCUCCCCCGGGGGAGAGAACCCCUCCCAGAGCGCCGGCUGUAGCCACAGUCCGGGACCCCACGCACACUGCCACCGAUGCCGUCCGUGGGGGGAGGCGGCCGGGGAGGCGGCGGGCGCGGGGAAAACCCUCCACCUGAGUGGUAAAUAUGAGUGCGAGGCCGGAGAAGUGGGGGAGAAGUAUCUGUCUCUGGCCAAGAGCUCCCCUUCCCGGGAGAACCCCAGGGUGGCCGCGCCGCUGGAGCCGCUGGAGAAGCCUGUGAGUGUCGUGCUGGUGAAGAACACACCCUGUGAAGAGUACGGCCUGCGUCUGGGCAGCCAGAUCUUCAUCAAGCAGAUGACGGCUACAGGCCUUGCUGCCCAGGAUGGCACCCUGCAAGAAGGAGACAUCAUCCUCAAGAUCAACGGGACGGUCACAGAGAACCUGUCCCUGAACGAGGCGGGGCGGCUUAUAGAGAAGUCCAGGGGGAAGCUGCAGCUCUCUGUCCAGCGGGACCAGCGGCAGCUGCUGGUCCGCAUCCCCCUACUGGUGGACUCAGACUCAGACCAUGAGGAUGUUUCCGAGAUGGAGUCGUACCAGGACUACUCUUCCAUAGACGACAGGAGGUCCCACCACUCGGAUCAGUCUUCUCAUUCAUCCAAUGACCGAUACAACUCCAGGGAAAAUCUCAUCCCGGUUACCAAGGCGACAGGGCGGCGUAUUAAAAAACCUGAGGAUCUCCGGCUGUCAUCAAAGCACAAAGUAGACGUGCGGCCCGCUGAGGAAGCUGGAGCUACUGUCAAAAUAACUCCUCAAAUUCUUCUCCGACCCAGCCCAGAAGAGGAGGAAAUUUAUGGGCCUAACACAGUGAUGGCGUGCUUCCAGAAGGGGGACAGCCUGGGCCUCCGACUGGCAGGGGGCAACGCUGUGGGCAUCUUCAUUGCAGGUGUUCAGGAGGGCAGUCCUGCGGAGGAGAAAGGCCUGCGUCCCGGGGACCAGAUCGUAAAGGUGAACAAUAUCGAUUUCCGAAACAUCUUCAGAGAAGAGGCAGUUCUGUUUUUGUUGAAGAUCCCCAAAGGGCAGGACAUCACCAUCCUGGCACAAAGGAGACAUGAUGUCUUCAACAUUGUGCUGGUAUCGGGGCGCAGCGAUUCCUUCUUCAUCCGUACUCACUUUGAGUAUGAGCGGGAGGGCCCUCAGAGCCUGGCCUUUGGCAGCGGGGAGAUCCUGAAGGUGGUCGACACGCUCUACGACGGUAAGCUGGGGAACUGGCUGGCGAUACGUAUCGGCAAGGAGAAGCAGCUUCUGGAGAAGGGCGUCAUUCCCAACAAAAUCAGGGCAGAGCAGAUGGCAACCGUCCUGAGCCCUCCCAGAGACAUCGCUGGGGCCGACCGCGCAGAGUUCUGGCGCUUACGGGGCCAGCAGGACGGUAGGAAGAAUGACCUACUGAGGAGGAGCCAGGUGGAACAGAGUACCCUAAACACCCCGUACCCCACCUAUGAGAAGGUGGUUCUCCGAGAAGCUGGUUUCAGGCGUCCUGUGGUGAUAUUCGGACCCGUUGCUGACGCAGCUACUGAGAGGCUGGCCAAGGAAAUGCCUGAUCAGUUUGUUAUUGCCAAAACAGAGCCUAAAGAUGCGGGUCCCGUCAGGUCCUCAGGGGUGGUGCGACUCAACACCAUCCGGCAGAUCAUCGAACAGAACAAGCACGCACUGUUAGAUGUGACCCCGAAGGCGGUAAACACCCUGAACUACACCCAGUGGUACCCCAUCGUCAUCUUCCUCAACCCCGACAGCAAGCAGGGCGUCAAGCUGAUGAGGCAGAGGGUGAUGCCCCACUCCAGCCGCAGCGCCCGCAAGCUGUACUUGCAGGCACUCAAACUGAGGAAAACCUGCUCCAACCUGUUCACUGGAACCAUCCAUCUGAACUCAACCAACGAUGCCUGGUACAGCACCCUGAAGGACGCCAUCAGACAGCAGCAGAUGCAGGGUGUCUGGGUGUCCGAAGGGAAGUUGGAGCGGAUAGAGACUGAACUGGACUGCCCCGAUGCGGAGCUUGUGUCCUACCUGUCCGGCAUGACCGCAGACUACCUGAGUGUUGAUGGCCAGCAAGUGGCCGACAUCAGCGCUGACCGGGGGUCCUGUGUCCCCAGCCAGCCUGAUGCAGAUCUGUUGAGCCACCAGCCACCACUCACCUACAUCUCACCCAUUAGCCACGUGCUAGCCAAGGAGGUCUUCUACGGUUGCAGUCCAGACUUCGAAAGUUCUCCAAGUAAACUAGCCAUUCUGGAAAUUCCCAGCCACACACCUGUCGCACAACCAAAUACCACACAGGUGAAGUUGGCUCUAGGAGAAGAGGCUGAACUUGCAUUACUUCCUAGCCACCCUCAUCAUUGCAUACUUCAAAAUAUCCAUCCUUCCGACAGUUCCCCGUACAAGUAUAUCUCCAGCAACGGAAGCAGCACCCCUGACUUUCACUCCUCUGCCCCCCUGGCUCCCUUCUCCUACCUGAAGUCUUCUCCGUUCAACUCACUAGGAAAGUCUGUCGUGGGCGUAGCACCCUCGGCCGUGGCCAGACGCUCUUCCAUUCAGCAGGAUGUCCCAAGACACCCCUCCAUCACUAUUGAGAACACAGGCACCGACACGGACCUUCAGCAGCAGGAGGAGGGGCAGGGUGACGAGACGCGGUGCCUCAUGGAGGAGCCCGUGACGCAGACCUUCCUGGGGAAGAUCCAGGCUUUUGAGAGGAUGGAUCUCCUCGCCCGCACCCAGAGGAUACACGAGCUACAGGAGGCCCGUAAAGCCAGAGAGAUGGCUCAGAAUCCCAAAGACAUUUACUCUGUGCCUCUGAAGACCCCUAAGCUGGAGUUGAACCCACAACAGCCUAUAUGGUCCCCCUCUGAGCCUGAGCGACUGUCAUCCUCACCCCGGAAGUUGUCUCAUCCGGAGAUCCAUCACUUUCCCCAAAUGGACAUGGAAGACCAAGACAAUUUUUGGCUGACUAAAUCUGUCAAGCAAAAUUAUAAUGCUGUAAAUUCUCCCCAUCAUUUUCAUUUCACGGAACUUUAGUGUUAGCAUAAACCGAGCCACAGAGAUACAUGUAACCAUUACAUUUUAGAGAAACAUCCUUAUUAGUAUAUUACUAUAUAAAUAUUAUACAAAACACAACAAUUUUAAAGGUCCCGUGGCAUGCUACUUUAAUAUAGAUAUUAGUGGGCCCCUUUUGAAGACUUUCCCAAAAUUCAGCCGUGGUGCAGAAUUACAGCCACUACGAGCCAGUCGCACAUUGAGCUUUCCCCAAACGCGCCGUUUCGGUGUCUGUAGCUUUAAUGCAAAUGAUGUGGAGAGAGGCGGGGGAGGAGGGUGGGAGUGGUGGGAGUGUGGCCCUGAGCAACUUGCGGCACGGUACCAUGCGCUCUGUUUACAAUGGAUGUAUCGCAAUGGCGAGGCGCACACAGCCUUUGGUCGUGUUCUGUAAAUAUUCUAGAACACUCCGGGUGCUCCGGCGGCAGUCCUUGAGCUCUAUAUCUAAGUAAUAUCAUAUUAUUCGUAGAUAUCUAUAUCAUAUAAUAAAUAUUAUCAAGGCCAAAAGCUCUGUGCGUCUCCAGAUGAUGUUAUGAAUCACAAACGACUGCGUCGGGUUCUCCGACGUCUCUGGUUCUUCCACUUCCACAUCAAUCUGAAGUAGACUGAACCACGUGCUGCCGGCUGCCGGGCGGUGGUGCUUUGUGGUGCUGGUGCCUUGCGGCAGCGGGCGGCGGGCAGUGGGGAUCAACGAUGACUGAGUAACUCCAACUACAGUCUCAUUGUGGAAAUACCAGAGACGUCAAAGAACCGACGUGUUAUGGGGGAAAAUUCCAAAACGGCGUGUCUGAGCUUUGUUUUCCCAAAGGCGGAGCAGAAUGCCUGGUGCUGGUUUUACGACCAACGAAAUUUCUAGCUACUGGGGGUGCAAAGGCAGGCUAGGGGAACUCAUAUUAAUGUUAGAAAACCUCAGAAAGUGUAAUUAUAAUGCCAUGGGAUCUUUAAUGUACAGGAUACCAUAAAAAAAUUAUCACUAAAUAUUACUACCAAACUUAUCAAGUUUGUGCUGUACAUUUUUUAAACGCAUAUUUAUUUUCAGUUUUCCAGCGCUUCAUGUUUCUAUGAUAUUUGUGAUAUUGUAAAUGGUGAAAUAUGAUAUUUUAAUUGUUUAAGGAAAACAAUUUCAUCUGAAACAUGAGCUUGCUGCAGGUUUUAUUUUCCCCUUUCCUAUUAUUCAUAUACUCUUGGUCUAUAUAUCGCUGUCCAAUGAAGGCCUCUGGGGAGAAUUACAAUAUGAACAUUGAUCGCACAAUAUACCCCAGCAUUUUGAUGCUGAACAAAAUAUUUUCAUCACAGAAAUAUUAAUCCAGUGCACUAUCUAACCUAUCUAAUCUCAUCUAUUCCCAAUAUAUUCUCAAUUCAUGUAACUUAAUUUACCUUUCCUUAUCCUAUAGUAAGGUUGAAAUUUAUAAUGAAUAAUAAAACAUAUUGAAAAAUCUUGAAAAUGCUAUUUCCCAUUAAAGUCAUGAUCAGAUAUGAUGGAAUGAAAUUGUUUAGUCAUCUGCCUCUCAGAAUAGCGUCUGUGUGUGUGUGUGUGUGUGUGUGUGUGUGUGUGUGUGUGUGUGUGUGUGUGUGUGUGUGUGUGUGUGUGUGUGUGUGUGUGUGUGUGUGUGUGUAUGUGUGUUGGUCAGGGGAAUGCCCCUUUUUAGCUUGAGCCCCUGCCACACAAAUUGUAUCUUCACCGCACUGUAGAGAUAUUUAUCAAAUUAAUAAAAGGGAUUUAUCAAAAGAGAUAAGUCAAUAAUCAGUUUAUUCGUUUUUCCUGGAGUUUCUCUUUAGCAGGCAUGUAUUUAACUUUUGAAGGAAAUGUAACAGGAAGUGUCUGCCUGUGUAGUCUUAAACAAAGAGUGUAAAUUACAUAUUUUCUCAGUUUAAACACAUUUCAAGUAUACCUCUUUCGCUCGGGAGCUUCAGAUGUCCGAAGCCACAGAUCUAUGCCUCAGCCGAGCCCCCUAACUCUUUCCACAACCCGCUUCCUCUCGGACCCCUAACUCUGUCCACAACCCCCUUCCUCUCGGACCCCUAACUCUGUCCACAACCCCUUCCACUCUGACCCCUAACUCUGUCCACAACCCCCUUCCUCUCGGACCCCUAACUCUGUCCACAACCCCCUUGCUCUCGGACCCCUAACUCUGUCCACAACCCCCUUCCUCUAGGACCCCAAACUCUGUCCACAAUCCCCCUGCUCUCUGACCUGACCUUGCUGGCCAGGGGUACCUUCAGGUCUUGUAACGCCUCCUUUGUGCAGGCCAUCUUUUUCCAUCUAGAUUCCCUGACAGACAAACUGUGUUUGAAUUACAACAUUUAUUCUAUCGUCAUUGUUUUUCUGCAUUUUGUAGUAGUAGUAUUUUAAAGAUUGAAGAGUCCCUAUAUAUCAUUUUAAGCUCAAUAUGAUUCCUGGUUAUGGUAUUGAUGAACUGUAUUAAAGUGUAUCAAUCAAUGCAGCUCUGACUGGACUCCUAACAUCCCAGAUGGUACUAUGUAAUAAACCAUCUGGCGCAAAUACAAAA